CUUGGAGGGUGAAACUAUUUAAACUCGUGUGUUUGUUCUCUUGAUCCUCUUGUUCUCUUAUCUCCCAAAGGUAUCAACCAAGUUGAAUACAAUGUCAAUUGCCGCAAAGUACUAUCCAAACGAACCUGAACAACCAGUUGUCAAGGUCACGCAGAUCCCAGGCCCAGAGUCCAAGAAGGCUAUCGAGUCCUUGGGUAAGGUGUUUGACUCCAGACCUGUCUACUUCGUUGCCGAUUACGAAAAGUCCAACGGUAACUACAUCGCAGACGUCGAUGGUAACGUUUACUUGGACUUGUAUGCGCAAAUCGCAUCCAUCGCUUUGGGUUACAACAACCCAGCUUUGAUCGAGGCUGCUAAAUCCCCUGAGAUGAUUAGAGCCAUUGUUGAGAGACCUGCCUUGGGUAACUUCCCAGGUAAGGACUUGGAGGGCAUCCUCAAGAACUUGCUCAAGGUUGCACCAAAGGGCCAAGACCACAUCUGGUCUGGUUUGUCCGGUGCUGAUGCCAACGAGUUGGCAUUCAAGGCCGCCUUUAUGUGGUACCAAGGCCAAAAGAGAGGUUACAACACCGCCUGGACCGCCGAGGAGAACGAAUCCACCAUGAAGAACCAGGCCCCAGGUUCCCCAGAUUUGGCUGUUAUCUCAUUCAAGAGAGCCUUCCACGGUCGUUUGUUCGCAUCUGCCUCCGUCACCGCUUCCAAGCCGGUCCACAAGAUUGAUUUGCCAUCUUUCAAGUGGCCAAAGGCUGAGUUCCCAGCUUACAAGUACCCAUUGGAGGCUAACGCUGAGUACAACAAGGCCGAGGACGCUCGUUGUUUGGAGAUUGUUGAGAACAUCAUCAAGACAUGGCAAGUUCCUGUCGCCGCUUUGAUCAUUGAGCCAGUCCAAUCCGAAGGUGGUGACAACCACGCAUCUGCUGAGUUCUUCCAAGGCUUGAGAGACGUCACCUUGAAGCACGGCGUUGUCUUCAUUGUCGAUGAGGUUCAAACCGGUGUCGGUGCCACUGGUUCAUUCUGGGCCCAUGAGCACUUCAACAUCACUCCUCCACCAGAUUUGGUCACUUUCUCCAAGAAGUUCCAAUCUGCUGGUUACUGGUUCCAUAACCCAGAGUUCAUCCCAGCUGCACCAUACAGACAAUUCAACACCUGGUGUGGUGACCCAGCAAGAAUGAUCCUUGCUGGUGCCAUUGCCAAAGAGAUCGUCGACAACGACUUGGUCUCAAAGGCUAAGGAAGUUGGUGACUACCUGUAUGGUAAAUUGGAGGAAUUGCAGGCCAAGUACCCUCGCCACUUGCAGAACUUGAGAGGUAAGGGAAGAGCAACCUUCAUCGCCUGGGACUUGGAAUCCGCAGAGAAGAGAAACGAAUUCCUGUACAGAUUGAAGCAGAACGGUGUCAACUGUGGUGGCUGUGCCGAGGUGUCCGUCAGAUUGAGACCAACUUUGACCUUUGAGAAGAAACACGUCGAUAUCUUUGUAUCUGUCGUUGCUAAGGUUUUGGCGGACUUUGUAUGAGAUGGCUCUCCUACAUCCCAUUAGCAUAACAUCCUAUAAACCUAUACAUUACCUCUUUACGACAUUUUAAUGCCAUUUAUAUCCUCUUAUCAUAGAUCACAUUCACCAAA